AAGAAGAUCGUCCGAAAACGGCAUUCGUAUUGUUUUAAGGCACGUGGCAAUGGGUCCGUUGUCCUAUGGGUAUUUGCAAUGCUCCGGCUACGUUUCAAAGGGCAAUGAACGUGACUUUUCAGAGCUUCAUUAACAAGACUCGGUUGGCACAAGGAAUGGUGAAUUUUUGUGUCAUCGUGUACAUGGACGACAUCAUGCUCUAUUCAAAAUUUAUUUCAUGGACAUGCACACCAUAUCGAAUGGACACUUGGAGCGCUGCAAGAUGCAGGCUUCAAAAUCGCUCUGGAGAAAAGCGAGUUUUCCCUGUAGGAGAUCUCGUUCCUCGGGUAUGUGGUAACUCGGGGAGGCUUGAGGUCGGAAUCGGGAAAAGUGGACACGCUUCGGGACGCGCCCACACCUACGUCUCUGACGCAGGUUCGGGCCUUCAUGGACUUGCUUCCUACUACCAUAGAUUUAUCAAGGGCUUUGCGGCAAUCGCACGACCCUUGACCAAUCUUCUGCGAAAGGACCAACCGUUAACCUGGGACGAGGAAUGCAAACGGGCCUUCUCCACUUUGAAGGAGGCCCUAGCCUCCACGAGCAUUUUAAUUCGCCCUGAUCCUGGGAAGUCGUUCAUCCUCAUGACGGACUGGCAGCCUGAAGUGAUUUCCGCCAUCUUGGCGGAGAAGGGGAAAGACGGUCGCGAGCAUGUUGUUGAGUACGCUUCCCAGACGAUGCCAGACGAGCGGAAGAACGAUUCGGCGCCUCAGGGGGAAUGCUAUGGGGUGGUUUGGGGCAUCCAGCAUUUUCACCCAUACCUAUAUGGGCAAAAGUUUCUUCUCGUCACUGAUCACGAACUGUUGCUGGCGCUCAAGAAGUUGACUUAUUACACAGGAAUGAUCGGGCGAUGGGCAGUACGAUUGCAGGAAGAUAAUUUUGACAUAGCUCAUCGGUCGAAAAAAGGAGAAGACGAAGUGGAAUUGCUCGUCGUGCAGGCGUGGAGGACGGACGUAGAAGGUGAUCUGUUGGGGCUUGUUUUCGAGACAGUGGAGAAAGAUCAUCUCCCCCCAAUCUACAGAGAACUGUUGGUAUUGCUGACUCAGCUCAUCGACGAUCUGCCACUGGACAUCAUCUCGUGCCACGACAACAACCCCGCGCCGCACAUCUUAACGAGGAGUUUGACGCCGUACCUGCAGUGGUCGGCGUGUCUGGAAUCAGAUCCGGAUAAUUGCUAUUACCCCUCGACUGAAAACUACCCGGAGAUCCAAAAGGUGGUUAGCGACUUGUUCUACGAGUGCGGUUAUCUGACUGUUCAUACGUCCGAGGAGGAAGAUAGUUCGGAAGAAGAAGAGGAAGGAGGCAACAUUGAGGAGGAAUCCAGUGAGGACCAAGGUGGUGAACAUAUCGAGGAAGAGCCAGAACGGUCUAGCGGAGCGGAGAAGGAACGGGGAGAAGAAGGCCAAGGUCGACAGGAGGACGAUCCCACCGCCGUAGAACGGAAGUGAAGGGAGAUCGCCAAGGGAAAACGGGUGAUCGGCCAGGGUGUGGGACCAACAUCACGGCCACCACGAGACG